AUGGAAAACGUACUUGACGACAUCUCCCACCGGAGAUACAACCCCCUCCGUGGCUCCUCCAUCUUGGUUUCUCCCCACCGAACCAAGCGUCCCUGGCAAGGAGCACAGGAGAGCCCGUCCAAGACUACCCUGCCUAGCUACGACCCCAAAUGCUACCUCUGUCCCGGGAACGAGCGCGCCCAGGGCGAUACCAACCCCGAUUAUGAGAGCACUUUCGUAUUUGUGAACGACUACAGCGCCGUGAAGGAAGAACAAGCGGCCUAUGAGCCCUCAAACCAGGAUGAACUCGAAUCGCGGUUCCUCAAAGCCGAGCCCGUAACCGGCAAGUGCUACGUGCUCACCUUCUCAUCCGCGCACAACCUCACUCUCGCCGACCUGACGCCUCGUGAGACUGUGCCCGUGAUCGAUGCCUGGACAGAGAUCUACACAGCACACCUGUCCCCGACCUCGCCGCUAGCGAAGAACGCAUCCCCAACAACGCUGCAGCCCACGUCCACCUUGACAAGCGCCACCAAGCCAAAGGAGCAGUACCGGUAUAUGCAGAUCUUCGAGAACAAGGGCGCGGCCAUGGGAUGCUCGAACCCGCACCCGCACGGGCAGGUGUGGACAACCAGCUCAAUGCCGGAAGAGCCCGCUGCCGAGAUGGAUCAGCUGAUCAAGUACCGCCAACAACACGGCGGUAGCCACCUGCUGGAGGACUAUGCGGCGCUGGAGAGCCGCAAGCAGGAGCGCGUUGUGUUUGAGAACGAUGCGUUCCUGGUUGUCUGUCCGUGGUGGGCUACCUGGCCGUUCGAGACGAUGAUUAUUAGCCGCACGCACAAGCGCGCACUAGUGGAUUUGUCCGAGGCCGAUAAGAUACUGCUUGCUGAGGCAAUCGCGGAGAUCACCCGUCGCUACGAUAAUCUCUUCGAGACGCAUUUCCCUUACAGUAUGGGUAUUCACCAGGCUCCGCUUGAUGGUACCGAGGAGGAGAUUGAAGCAUCCUACCUGCACUUGCACUUCUAUCCGCCUCUGCUGCGAAGCGCUACCGUGCGCAAGUUCUUGGUUGGCUACGAGCUUAUGGCAGAGCCUCAACGUGAUAUCACCCCUGAGCAAGCUGCUGCUAAGCUGCGGGCUUGCGGUGGUGAGUUGUACAGGAAGAAGAUAGAUUCAUGA